AUGCGUACAUCGCGCGCCUCCAAGGAAACGGCGAAGGUUCUGCAGGCCUUGUCGCCUCCUGCGCGUCGCCAAACGCGUAGCACGUCCAACUCAGGCUUACUCAGGGGAUUCGCGUAUAAUGGAGGAUUGAACGAAUUAAGUCCGGUCAAGAAAGAAGAUGACAGCUCUUCUCUCUCAUCGGUUGACACUGUCGAUAUUGAAGAUAUCUUGGAGCCGCCAACCAAACGACGCAAAACGAAAGCAAACGCUGCCGUCAAGGAAACUACAACUGCGCCGUCUUCGACACCUAAUAAUGUUGAGAAGCGCGUCAAAAGUGAGCGGGCGCCCCCCAAAUCGCGCCGGGUUCCUGCUCGGAAAAUCAAGAGUGAGGAUGGCUCUGUCGCCGUGGAGCCUCCAUCGAAUUGGGAAUCAAUAUACUCAACCGUCAAGAAGAUGCGCGAGGAGAACCCGACGGCGCCUGUGGACACAAUGGGGUGUGCAGAGCUAUACUGGCGUGCAUCCUCUCCGCGAGAUCGGCGUUUUCAGACCUUGAUUGCACUGAUGCUGUCCUCCCAAACCAAGGACACGGUCACCGCAGUCGCGAUGCAGCGACUGCACACCGAGCUGGGUGAAAAUGAUGGCCCAGUUAUCAAGCAGGAAACAGGGAAAGACGGCGACUCAGCACCUCAAUCGCUCCAAGAUAGCACGUUGAACUUGGAGAAUAUACUAGCUGUCUCCCCAGAGCGGCUCAAUUCGCUUAUUGGUGCUGUAGGGUUUCACAACAACAAAACCAAAUAUAUCAAGAAGACGGCCGAGAUCAUACGUGAUCAGUAUGAUUCCGAGAUUCCUCCCACUCCGGCCGAGCUGAUGAAACUGCCUGGCGUCGGGCCAAAGAUGGCGUAUCUAUGCAUGAGCGCAGCGUGGGGGAAACACGAGGGUAUCGGGGUCGAUGUCCAUGUUCAUCGUAUCACCAAUCUAUGGGGCUGGCACAAGACGAAAACACCGGAAGAAACUCGGAUGUCGCUGGAAUCAUGGCUACCAAAAGACAAAUGGCACGAAAUUAAUAAAUUGCUAGUAGGCCUUGGGCAAACAGUCUGCUUACCAGUUGGUAGGAGAUGUGGUGAUUGCGAUCUUGCUGGGACGAAGCUGUGCAAAAGUGAAAUCAAAGGCAUGGCUCCCAAAAAUGGCAGUCGAGCUGUACCAAAGAAAGAAAAAGACGGCGCAGAAAGCUUCUCACUGGCUGACGAACCGAAGGUCAAAGUUGAGAGCGACUUUCUCUAUCUCUCUCCCAUCAUUGAGUGCAGAACCCACGAGGUCACUCGGUUUUUGGCUUUACUUUCACCAUCGAGUAUGAUGACGUUCAAUUAUCGUGAUGAUGAGGAUGCUUUUCGUCAGCUGUUCGAAAUGGAUGCCGAACAAACUCCACCCGAUCCCGAUGACGAAGCAAGUGAGAUGCCCAUGGAAAUUGAAAACCCUCCUGGGACAAAUACCCGAGGGAAAGUUACUUUUCUCGACUUGCCGGAAGACGUAAAAAUCAGGAUCCUGCAAUACGCUGGGCUAUUACGCCCCUGCCUUAUCGACCUUUUCCUUGAGAAACAUCGAUCCAAACCCAAUAUGGGACAGUGUGGCAACGGCAAAUCUUUGCGUAUGACAAGGAUACCAUGGACGGCGAAAUGGAUGUCUCCUUAUUAUGUGCCGUGCGAUCAUCCUCCACUGCCUGUUAAGGUAUUUCUGGCCUCCCGUGCAAUUCGUCAGGAGCUUGGGAGCCUUUUCUUCUCCCGAAACCUCUUUUCCAUCCAUCUCUGCGGCAAACAGGAUUUCAGGCUCUUCAAUACAGCCACAGAAUGGGGGCUGCUCCAUCUAAAACACCUACAUUUGACUCUUGGUGCACAUUACCGUUAUCUCAAAUUGAGCCGUGGGAUUCACCGCACCACCCUAAACAUAUGGACACAGUUCUGUCAGAACGCCAAAGAGAGGAUGCCCGCUCUCAGAUAUUUCAGUCUGAAAUGCAAGGUUAAGGAACUUGAUGUUGCGAGUCGGCUGAUGUGCAUAAUGGAUCCCUUCCCAACUCUGACUCACUGUGCGUUCCAUUUCAGCGACAAUCAAGACGAUGACAUCCGGCCUGUGAUAAAGCGAGCUGCAUGGAGAUUGACGGGUAACCUUACUGACGACAAGCCUCCCUUUCCGUUUGCAAAGCUACCCAAGGAAAUACAGCUCAUGAUUCUCGAGCUUGUCUUGGUCAGACGCUCGGAUCCAUUCUUGUCUGCUAUAGAGCGCAAUAUAGCAAUGGUGGGACUAUUUGAUCGGAAGUAUCAACCCACAUCGGGUUCAGCUCUUUCCUGUUGUUGUACUUGUUCUCCUCUUUGCGCAGCGUGCUUCUGCGAUACUCGUCAAACCGCAUUCUCUACCAGCUGCACCUGCUUCUCCUCUCCCCUGCCCUAUUUUCUUGUGAGCCGCGAAUUCUAUCAGGACUGUUGCCGCGUAUUUUUUACCAAAUGCCAUUUUAUGUUUGUGGAGGAAGAACCCGACCUCAUUAUGCGUUUUCUUAAUUCCAUACCCACAUUGUAUUCUAUGCAAAUUCGCCGUUUGUCGUUCAAGUUCCCUAUGACCUUCAGAAAUUACGUCAGAACCCCAAAGGCCGAGGAAGCUAUGAUACUCUCUUGGUCUGUUUUACGCCGCUUUAUCCGCGAACAUUUUGACCUUCCGCGCCUUUCCUUAACCGUUAUCGACCACGGAACAAGGGGCUCUUCUAUUCAUCGGAACAAGUACAAUUGUCGAGUGCUCAAAGCAUUUACAGAGCUGCAGGGUCUACGCGAGUUCCGCGUGUUUCUGGCAGAUGAUCCUUCGUUUGAGAAAGAGUUGGAGCGUCUUAUCACGGGCAGAACACCCUUUGGAAGAUAUCAACCGUAUCACAACAUGCGCUCUCUUGGGAAUCAUAUUCACUUUCACGAUACAUAA